CUCUCCCCCCCAAAAAUCCUCCCACUUCUUUGCCAAUCCCACUUGGCAGUCUUUUCUCUUUCUUUCAACGGCUCUCUCGCUUCGUUUGAGUGGCCUUUGGACCUUCGUUUGUCCCCCCGUGUUCCCAUUCACUCCUCUGCUCUGCGUGAUGGAAUCCAACAGCUGCAUCCCAUCAGGACCCAUCGUUUAGCGUUUGCUGCAAGCUUCUCCACAUUCCAGCAGUCCCUUGUCCCGCGAUCCCUGAUCCCCCCUCGUUGCCUUGUCUCGUUCCAUUCGUUUGCAGCUCCCAAGACCCUCGUCACCUCGCUCCAGCGCACAUGGCAGGUUUCAUAUUCCAUGCAUAGUCCACAGUUUAUCGCAUAACUCCCGGGUCAAUCCAAAUUCCCUUGACGGACGUCCCCACUGUCAAGGAUUGUUCUGCGGCCAGGCUCGAAAUAUACAUUUUUUGCAUUUUGGAAUUCACCGAUCGCAUCUCAAACACAAGAAUCAAGCGGGAUGGAGCGCUCUGCCAGCGCCGGCUAUCCCCAGCCGCUUUCUUCCCCUCCACCUGUUUACCUUCGUUCUUCUCCCCCCAUUCCCCCGGUGCCCCGUGAACCCCGCCGGGACAGCUUCAAUCGCUUGUACAGCAAGCCUAUUCCCAGAAAAUCUCUGACAGAUCCGGUGUCUAUGCCGGAAGAUCGCCCCGAAAGCCAACGGCAUUCGGUUCCGCGGGUCAGAAUCCAUGGAGAAAGCGAUCAGCCAGUGCCGGAAUUUCAUGAGGAUGGUUUUGCAAUGACGCUUCCCACUGAUGAAUUCGCCCAAAUAUCUCUCUCUGAGCAGCAGCAGACUCAUGGAAAGACCAUCGACGGAUCAUCCUCACCGGGGGUGGAAAUCUUCAAAGCCGGCCAGCUACCAGAGAAUGCGGCUUACGGACACACACCUCGUAGCAGUGCCUCUUGGUCAGUAGUCGAUCCUCACACAAAAGACGAUAGCCUCGCCAAUACUAGCACGUCUUCCUUGGACCAACAACCUGCCAAGGACAGUCAGACCAGCUCUUCCCGAGAUAGUCUCGACAGCGCAACGCAAGCCUCCGAAAUCUACGAACCUUUGCACUACCAUCAUCGACCGUACGAAGCUCCCCAGCCUGCAAACCGGCAAUCACCAGCAAGUGGCUCAUCUGAGAAUCUGCCGAAGCCACGCCCAGCCGCCAAUCGUCGCUCUCUUUCGACACACUCGCUCGGCUCCGACCUGGGUGAAAGACGGAGAUCUUCUCGGCUCUCCCCAUACCUUCACGCCCGUGCACCAUCCCGUGAAUCCAGUGUAUCUCCUGAUGUCCGACCAGUAUCCUUCGUUGAACAGCUUAACAGCUGCUAUCCGCAACCCGGACCUGCCCCUGUUCAGAUUGACAACUCCCAUCUGCAAUCUGCUGUCGGCAAUAACGCAUCGCUGCUGAGCCACAAGCAAACGUUCGACAUGUAUCUGGCAAAUGUCAAGAAGACUGAUGACCCCGCCAUCCAGUAUGAGUUUGCCAUCUUUAUGGUGAACGCAAUGUUGGAAAUGCCUGCCGAUGAGGUCGACGGUGCAUCCGCAGUGUAUGGCCGGAAGGGAAGCGACAUUAACCGUGCUAGCCUUCUACGAGAGUCCAAAUCCAUCCUCCAGCGCCUGGCUGAUCGUAGCUAUCCCUUUGCUCAAUACUAUCUGGCUGACGGAUAUGCUUCGGGGUUGUUCAGCAAAGGGAAAGAGGACUAUGACCGAGCGUUUCCACUGUUUCUAGCAGCCAGUAAACACGGACAUGUCGAAGCAUGCUACCGGACUGCUUUGUGCUAUGAGUUUGGCUGGGGUACCCGAGUUGAAGCCGCCCGGGCACAGCAGUUCUACCGCCAGGCAGCAUCCAAAAACCACCCCGGCGCGAUGCUACGUAUGGCGAAGGCCUGUCUGGAGGGCGACAUGGGGCUCGGAAAGCGCUAUCGCGAAGGCAUCAAAUGGAUGAAACGCGCUACAGAUUCAUCCGAUGCUCAGUAUAACUCUGCUCCUUACGAAUUGGGAUUGAUGCACGAAACGGGAUAUGGCGACGACGUAUUUCCAGACCCUGCAUAUGCUGCCCAGCUGUUCACCAAAGCAGCGGACUUAGGCCACAUUGAGGCCAGCUAUCGCUUGGGCGAUGCCUACGAGCACGGCAAACUCGAAUGCCCCAGAGACCCUGCCUUGUCGAUCCAUUUCUAUACCAACGCUGCACAGGGUGGCCACCCUCUGGCCAUGAUGGCACUGUGUGCUUGGUACCUCAUCGGAGCAGAGCCGGUGCUUGAAAAGGAUGAAUAUGAAGCCUACGAAUGGGCUAAACGUGCCGCGGAGACUGGACUCACCAAGGCGCAAUAUGCGGUUGGAUACUUUACGGAAACAGGAAUUGGCUGUCGGCCAGACCACCUAGCAGCCAACGUUUGGUACGUGCAAGCAGCGGACCAAGGCGACAUCCGAGCUAAGCGCCGAAUUGCCGCCAUUCGAGCAGCUGUCGACGGGGUUAAUCCCGAGAAGGCCAGUGCAGCAGCUGCGGGCACUGGCCGCGGGCAGAAGGAAAAGAAAGACGGGAAAUCGAAACGAUUUGGUAUAUUUUAAGCAUGGCAUAUCUUCAAUGACCCUGAGAGGGUUCCGCAUCUUGACAGCAUCUUGACCAAUUUACGUUCAUCAGCACCAUUUCACACAUUUUUAGCGACAACGAACUGCACGAAGAAGUUUUGAGCACAUUUGGGCAUUUAUUCUGGAUUAUACUGAGCGAUUCAUUGAUUCACGCGAACUCUGUUUCUCCUCAGCAUUACUGGGAUUGGACCUGUACAAAUUCUGUAUCAUCCAUAAUGAUUUGCGGAGCAUAUAAUCAACUUGAGGACCAUCAUAUCCUCCUUUUUAAUGUUUUA